GGGUCCAGACCACAAUGCGGUUCAGUCUCCUUAUGGAACAAACGAACUGUAUAUGGCUGUGCACUUAUCUAGAGUCCUAGCUACCUCAGAUGAACAGACCUGUGAAGAUUCUGGCAGUAGCAAGAAUUUGGCUGUUGAAGCAGCCCAGACACAGGUAUGCCGAAGUCUCCAAGUCCUAGCUACCUCAGAUGAACAGACCUGUGAAGAUUCUGGCAGUUCCAAGAAUUUGGCUGUUGAAGCAGCCCAGGCACAGUUUGAUCCUGAAGGAUCAAGCAAUAAUAGCAAUGCCGUCAACAAUGCUGAUAUUUCUGGACCUGAAAUCAAAUUAAGGACUCACCAACCUCAUGAUCAACGACGGGUCGAAAACUUUGGGCCACAGGGUACACGAAGAAAGCGCGAAGGGCCGUUUUUCGCUGGAGAAGCUGAAGAAAAGCUUAGUGUCACCGCUGAUCCUGCUGCUAUCGUAGAUGAGACCCAGGAUACAUCCCUUUCCAAGUCCAAUGAUGUCACAACACUUGUUCAAGAACAGGCUUGGAUCAUGAAAUCAGGAAGUGAUUUUCCAAGAGGCGGCGACAAAGAGGUUCCCUCUGUGUCAUGGAUAGCUCUUCCAUGUCCUCAUCUAUGUAAUUAA